ACGGUCGCUUUGACAUCUAAAGCUUGUGUCCCGCUAGUGCGACGAGAUGAACGCCACCUCCGGCCACCGCUUUGAUACCCACUGGCCGUUCACUUUCCCCGUUUCCUCUAAAAACCCUUCCGGCUGGUGAAUUCGCCCGGUACUGUCGCUGAAAGGGCUGCAGCGGUGACACAGACUUGAGCCGCAGUGAAAAUGGAUUGAGUCACGCUGCUGGAGGAGCCAGCAGUGGAUUGAGGUGCGGAAGCUAGCGUUAGCCGGCUAGCCAUGGAGGGAGGCAGAGGAACGCCUGACUUCGUCUCAUUAGACUGUUUUCCGUAAAAUGACUUGGUAGCGGUUAUUCUCAGCCCCAAACCAUGCAGCCCACGCACGCAGUUCAUAUUAAAGUGCGCCAUCCGUGGGUUGCGCACACACCCUGAAUAUGUCAGCCGUCCUGCACAUACCGCAGAUACUUACUUGGCUGUCCUUGCAUAGAUCCCGUUCUGCUCUGAAGCGAGAUCGUUCACUUUGCAGCAAAAACACAAGGGCUGUGCUGGUCCACAACACGCACAUUUUCAAAUAAUCCGAACACUUCCAGGUUGUGAUUGAACCCGAUCUCGCCAAGGCAGAGCAAAACUAGUGUUUUAUGUAUUUUUCCUAACAACCCCUUGUAAGGUUUGGCUUAAAGAUCUUGCAGACCUUCCUGCAGCUUCAGAAUUGCCAGACUAGCAGGUGGUCCCUCCUCAAUUGUAUGGAAAGCGGUGCUGGCUGUUGCAGGACUUUUGCAGGUCAGCGAUGGGAGGUUCGGUGUCCUGCUGCAUCUCUCCUGGAGAGAGCCCCAAGAUCCACAGGAGAGAGGUGGAGCUGGAGGAGUGUCCCAUCACCACUACUGAAGAUGUGAGCGAGGACACUGGGACAUACCUGCAGCACAUCAGCGACAGGGAGCUUCCAGAUGAGCUGGCCCAAGAGGCCAACCCAUCCGACCACCCCAGAGCAAGCACUCUAUUCCUCAACAAGUCUCAGACAGAUGUCCGCGAGAAAAGGAAAAGCAACUACAUGAAUCACAUGUCCCCGGGACUCCUUUCUAAAAAGUACAGCUCGUGUUCAACCAUAUUCCUCGAUGACAGCACCGUCAGCCAGCCCAAUCUCAAGAGCACUAUUAAAUGUGUUGCACUGGCCAUAUACUACCACAUAAAAAACAGAGAUUCAAACCGCUCGCUGGAUAUAUUCGACGAGAAGAAGCACCCACUGUCGCGAGAAAAGGUUCCAGAUGACUACUCUGUGGUUGACCCGGAACACAAACUCAUCUACCGCUUCAUAAGAACGCUCUUCAGCUCUGCUCAGCUCACCGCCGAGUGCGCCAUCGUCACUCUGGUGUAUCUGGAAAGGCUGUUAACGUAUGCUGAGAUGGACAUUUGUCCUUGUAACUGGAAGCGCAUUGUUCUUGGUGCCAUCUUACUGGCCUCCAAGGUCUGGGAUGAUCAGGCUGUGUGGAAUGUCGAUUACUGCCAGAUCCUCAAAGAUAUCACCGUGGAGGACAUGAAUGAGAUGGAGCGUCACUUUUUGGAGCUGCUCCAGUUCAACAUUAAUGUCCCAGCCAGCGUCUACGCCAAGUACUACUUUGACCUGCGCUCACUGGCUGAUGACAACAACCUCAGUUUCCCUCUGGAGCCACUCAGUACCAAGCGGGCCCAAAAACUCGAGGCUAUCUCCAGGCUAUGUGAGGACAAGUAUAAGGACUUGAGUAAAUCGGCCAUGAGAAGGUCUGUCAGUGCAGACAACCUAGUUGGCAUCAAGACUGCACAGGCCGUACUCUCUUAAGUCUGUGACAGCCAUCUAUCAUUGGAGCAGACUGCAAGAUCUACAGGAUAUGAUGCCACACAUGCUGAGAGACAUUUCCAAAGUAGAUUGCAUUAAUAUCAGCAGCUGAUAAGUUUCAUUACAAAAGCUUAUGUGCUCAUUUUGGAGAGGAACAAACGAUUUACCGUAAAGUAUCACUACAAUAUAAUGAAAUCAGUCUUUAUGUGUUCAUUACAAGGAACUUUGGCUAACUGCCUUUAAAGCAUGGUGAUAUGGUGAAAAAUAUGUUGUAUUUUAAAGGUGGAUGUCUACAGCUGGAAGGAAUCAGCAUGAAAGCACUACCAGAAGCCACACAUAACCUUUUUUCCCGUCUUUUUUUUUUACAUUAUCCAGUCUUUUGGGGAGUAGGAUCUGGCUAUGGCCGUCUUCUUCCACCAAGCAAACUCCCUCUCCUAUAUUCAAAUGAUGACAGACUGUUUUGGAGCUACCCUGUGGUGUAGUUCUGCACAUGGACAAAGAGUAGACUUUAUUUUGCUUACUAUGUAGGCCCCUAUAGCUGUGAAAUGUACAAGAUUUUAUUUAAUUUAAAUAAAUUUCACUUGCUGUUUCAA